AUGCACACACUUAAAGACUCAAAUUCUUCCAACUCACUAGACUCCAACAUGUCCGCUCCCAACUCUGCCAAAAGAGAGUCUUCAGGAAGUCUCAUGAACAAAGAAGAGUUCGAGCAAAUUGCAAAGAAGCUAAAACGGAAGCUCUCUCGCGCAUCUGUGACGGCUAAGCAGCUGCUCACAUCAACUACAGCAAACGCACAGCGUCUGUUGCCUCCAGACUCUCCGGUUCUGCAAACUCUGCUUCCGAAGUCAAGUCCUCUCAAGAGCUACUACAUGUGGAAACGCAAUGGCUCCUCUGGUCGUGUGCCUACGCUAAACUCCCUGCCAAACCUCAGAUCGCCCAAUGGAGCGUCACCAAAGCUCGCAGACUCUUCGCUUCUUCUUUCCAGUCCAUCGAAAGGGCCGUCUGAACACAACGAGUCACCAACUAAACUACACAGAAAUCGUGCAGGGGCGGCAGGCCGUCCUGAGCCACAAAUGGUGCUCCAGGCGCUUCCUCCUGCUGCAUCGCCGCAAAAGCUGGGUUUGACUCCUCUGCCCAUCUUAGAUGGUAAACUGCUGGCUGCAUCUACAUUUCCAAAUAAUUCCACUGCGCCUCUCCAGCCACAUUUAGUUGGUAAUGCGGCUGCUUCGCUCACAUCAGCGUCUCUUGGUCGCCGGCCUCCGAACUUUAAUCCUGUCGCUAGUAUGAAAAGCUCGACGACGCCUACUCUUUCCAAGAAGCAACUUGCCAACCAAGCUUUUGCUACGCCCACACAGCCAGGUCGGCCAGAAAGUACUCAGGAUGAGGGUGCCGAUCUUCUCAUGUAUUUGGCCACCUCUCCAUCUCCUGCUCGGCCCUUUGGAACGACUCCACGCGCGGUUAUUGCUCCCAGCCACCAUUCUGUGUUCUCAGCUUGGAGUAAACCAUCCGGAAAUGGUGCUCAGUUCAUAGCCCCGCAACCUCCAAUGACGCCCAAGAAGCCAUUGGGUGUCAGCGAUAGAACUCCUCAUAGACGCUUUUCUCCUUCAUUAGGUGGUCUGUUGGGAGGUAACUUGCCUUCUGAGGGGGUUUCCUUAACCCCUGCUGAUUUCAAUAUGAAUGAUUACAUUAAUUUUUUCACGCCAUCUCCGGCCAUGGCUGCAACCAUGAACCCGGGAUCUGUGGCAGGAAAGGGGCUCAUGCAAACGCCUAACCUCUCCGCUUUGUCUCAGGACGCCUCGGCACAAGUGAAGGUAGUUGAUGCAAAGAUGAUUAAUUUCGAUGGACAAGAGCUCUUCUCGAAGCUGGAGUAUGGAGAGGAUGAUUCUGGACAGAAGGGAGGAAUGUAG